UUCAGCCUUCUUACUUUAUUUUUUCGCUUUCUGAAUUAGAGCCUCAACAGAGAUGAUAGUGUACUGACAAAAAUGGCGUACGCAGCUAAACUUUUAAAUCCAAUUAGACAGUCGCUUGCUGCAAUUGCUACUUCAACUAGACCAGUCUCUCGCAUUUAUGGAAAAUUCGAAUCGUUAAAUACAAGGAGAAAGAACCUAGAACCUCUGCUGCAUAAUAAUAUUUCAAGUUUUCAGCAUCUAUUAAAUAUACGAAGUAAAACUGUUCAGAAAUUCUGUGUAUCAGGAUGCAAAACUAUUGGAUGCAUGCUUGGUGUGUCAGUUGCAUUUGGAUCAAUCUGCUUUCGACCCCAUGUUACAUAUGCUAUGGAUGAUAUUUUAUUGGAUGAUUAUCGCGUAGACAUGUCAGAUGGUUCAAACACACAAGAAGAUCCAUUUGCGUUUUGGACUUCUUUAAGGAAAUUCUGGUUUCCAGCAUCCUUUAUUCUUACUGUGUUGAUAAACUGGGAACAUCCUUUCCUACUUGGGAUAAAAAUCAUUCUUUUACUCAUCAGCACAAAGCCUAGUACUCUGUCAGUUUAUCUUUAUGUUGAACAGUUUAGCCAUCAGUUGAUGCGUCAAAAGCCUCACUUAUUCUUGUUUAAGACUAUAUAUGCCAACAAAGUUGAAGUGCAAGAUUAUAAGCUUCUUUGCCUUGCUAGAGUUCAAGUCAUAGAUCAGAAAAUGACUUUGGUAGGGAUCCUUGGAGGUUGGUGGGCUGUGCCAUCAUCACAGGGAGUUUUAUCUGAGCUUAGAACAUCGUUGAGAAACAAGGUGUUUUCACUUCAGCAUAGCUUCAAGAAAUCACAUGACAUGUCUUUUGAGUUCACCAAAUUCUGAUCUGUGGCCUACGGCUGAACUUCUAGAAGGUAAUAUUGAUGACUGGCCAGAUUUGAACCUGAGGAAGGAGCACAAAACAUGCCACCCCACUGUGGAAAGUAGAUUAAGGUGAGGGGCAGAGUGGCAACGAUCAUCAUAAGCCCCAUUAGUGAAAUGCUUGUCUGCUUAGACAAUUUGGAGCCCGAGAACAACAGCAUCUGGGUUACAACUGCCCCCACGGUCCCUCCGCUCCCCGUCAUCCCUGAUAUCACUCCCAGUGACCUGCGUCCGAAUAAAAACACACGACAUCAAAGCAACAUCAAUGAGCAUUUCUUUGAUAGUUGUCUUUAAAAAAGAGAUUCAAGUACGGCUUUCUCGGUAUCAAAUCUCCAUUGAAUUGUUACGUGACAGUUAGGGUGUCAAUAAUUUUGGAUUAAUUAAUGAAAGUACACGUGUUAGUCAU